AUGGCGGCAGCCCUGGAGUCGCUGGAGUCGUGCCUGGAGCGGCACAUCCCGCCCGAGGAGCUCGCCGAGGUCAAGCGGAUCCUCUACGGGGGUGACGCAAGAAAACUUAAUUUGCCACCUGCAGCUCAAUCAGCAGCUCAGGAAAGAGGUUUUGAGCUACAGGGCUACGGAUUUGAUGCUGCUCCUGAGCAACUGAGAAGGCCACGUGUUGUUCGAGUGGGACUGAUACAAAACAGAAUUCCGCUUCCCACAGACACAGCUGUGGCAGUCCAGGUGGCUGCACUGCACAAACGCAUUGAAGAGAUUGUGGAAGUAGCUGCACUAUGUGGGGUCAACAUAGUUUGUUUCCAGGAGGCUUGGACCAUGCCCUUUGCAUUUUGUACAAGAGAGAAGCUUCCUUGGACCGAAUUUGCUGAGUCAGCAGAGGAUGGGCCAACAACAAGAUUCUGUCAAGAGGUAAAAACCCAACCAAGUGGAAAAACCCCUGAUUCAGCCCUCAAGUCCAGCCCAUACCAGUCACUGAUUAGCAUGGAUCCUGUGUGGGGGGGGCCUCUCUGGAAUACUGCUGUGGUCAUUUCUAAUUCUGGAGCUGUCCUUGGCAAAAGCAGGAAAAAUCACAUUCCAAGGGUCGGAGAUUUCAAUGAGUCUACUUACUAUAUGGAAGGCAACACAGGACACCCAGUGUUUCAGACCCAGUUUGGAACAAUUGCUGUGAACAUCUGUUACGGGCGCCAUCACCCUCUCAACUGGCUCAUGUUUAGCAUGAAUGGAGCAGAGAUCAUCUUCAACCCCUCAGCCACCAUUGGAACGCUCAGCGAGGCACUGUGGCCAAUUGAAGCCAGAAAUGCUGCCAUAGCCAAUCACUGCUUCACCUGCCCCAUCAACAGGGUGGGAACGGAAUACUUCAGAAAUGCCUUUACUUCUGGAGAUGGUGGAAAAGCACACCAUGAUUUGGGUCAUUUUUAUGGCUCAAGUUACGUAGCUGCACCAGAUGGCAGCAGGACCCCAGGGCUCUCUCGCACUCAGGAUGGACUUCUGGUGGUAGAGAUGGAUCUGAAUCUCUGCAGGCAAGUCAGUGACAAGUGGAAUUUUAAGAUGACUGGUAGGUAUGAGAUGUAUGCAGACAAGCUCACUGAAGCAGUCCAGCCUUAUUUUGUACCCAAUAUAAUCAAAGAGUAA